UAUUAACUAGGGAUGUCCAAAACAUGACUAGUUAUGAGUGGAAUUUAUGCUAGCUACCAGCAUUUCAUACGCAGCUGAUUUUAUCGCGGUAGAACUUAAGUUACCUAGACUCCAGCCUCGAGUAGCUACUAGUAACUCCAGAAAAUUUGCUCUGGUUAGUUCUAGCUACUUCUACAUGACUAGACAACGGUUUAAGCAAUGGCUCGACCAAUGGGAGACAGCCAUAGAAGAUUCUUGCAAACAUUGAUGGUCGAUGGAAUUAUUGACGGUCCCCGAGCAAGAGCUCUUCACAGGCACUGUUGUGAGACCCACGGUGCACAUUAUGCCCACGAUAAACUUGACGAAUUCAUUGAUGUCAUCAAUGCUCAACUGCAGCCCAUGUUCAUGCAGAUCAGAAAAGGGAUGUCUGAAGAAGAUGGUCUCACACAUUAUGCCUUGGUGAACAUGGCUGAGACGGAUGUCACCAGGAUGUCAUCAGAUUACGCAGACAAUGAACUGGAGUUAUUCAGAAAAACUAUGGAUCUGAUUGUGGAAUCUGAUAACGGAACCGCAUCAUCCACAGACGUCCUUAAUUCUGCUGACAGCCUUCAGACUAAGAAGCUAAAGAAGAAAGAGACAGAACAUGUGUUGGCCAGGCUUGUCCAGGAGAAGUGGCUAAACGAGAAACAUGGCGAAUAUUCUCUAUCAACCCGUUGCAUUAUGGAGAUGGAUACAUACAUUCGGAUGAUGUACAUGGACCAAGUCAAAGUCUGCCAUAUCUGUCACAAUAUUGCCUUACAGUGCCAAACGUGUGAUAAUCCAUCUUGUGGGGUCAAAAUCCAUAACCCAUGCGUUGCCAGGUACUUCAAAGGCAGGACUGAUCCUCGAUGUCCUGCCUGUGAGGAUUUUUGGCCACACGAGAUUCCAGAGGUUAGCAGAUCCCAAUCCCAGCCCUCUCAGAGUCCAUCUGCCAAGGAGAACACAGCACCGACUCAUUCAAAGAGAUCCAGAAGAUAAAAUGGCAGUGUACCUAACGCUAAUCUGACAAAACAUUUUAUCUGUGUUUAUGGAAGGACCAAUGUAAUGUUUCUAUUGUUGGUUGAAUUUGACUUAUUUAUAAAGUUGGUUUUAAAUGGUU